GAGGUCACGUGAUUUCGCCUAAGCAACACGGCGACGUGGCUGCGCUCAAGCCGCGCCCACCACAUGCUUGGGCGUCCGAUUGGUCCAUUUCUGUGUCACGCUCCUCCCGUCGGCCCUGCGCGAUGACGUCACUGGCGGAAGUGGACCCUCCGUCCUCAGACGAGACGGCGACCAGCACCGCGCGACUCGUUGACGUCCUUUUCGCCACUUUUGUUUUGUCAUCUUUCAAAAACGUGUUUUUUGUUUAUUUUGUUUUGGUCUGCUUCGUGUGUUGGCGCCACAGUUAAAGCCGCGAAGAAGAAUUCGCACAAGUCGUCCAGUGAUGAACCACACCUCGAUGCAGAUGGACCACGCCCCCCAGGACCACUCCCACCACCAUGAUCACGCCAUGAUGGCCACGCCCACGCCCACCAACGGGGGCGGACACGACCACGGGGGCGGAGCCGGCGGAGGGGGACACGGAGGCAUGGCGAUGACCUUUUACUUUGGCUACCGGAACGUGCCGCUGCUCUUCAGCGGUCUCCUCAUCAACUCUGCCGGAGAAAUGGUGGGCGCGUGCAUCGGCGUCUUCCUGUUGGCCGUCCUGUACGAGGGUCUGAAGAUGGGCCGGGAGGCGCUACUGCGUCGAAGUCAGGUCAACGUGCGCUACAACUGCAUGCCGCUGCCCGGCGCCGACGGCACUGUACUCAUGGAGACGCACAAGACUGUCGGGCAGAGGAUGCUAAGCCCCGCCCACUUCCUGCAGACCGUGCUGCACGUCGUCCAGGUGGUGGUCAGCUACAUUCUCAUGUUGGUCUUCAUGACGUACAACGCGUACUUGUGCAUGGCGGUGGCGGCGGGCGCGGGCGCCGGCUACUUCCUGUUCAGCUGGCGCAAGGCGGUGGUGGUGGACAUCACAGAGCACUGUCAUUAGGUCUUGAACACUUCCCUGUCGUUAGCGCUUGCCGUCGUCGGAUUGUUUAGCCGGCGAUAACAAACGUUGCGAGAGGAGAGCGCAAACCUCUGGAAAAUUGGAAGGGAGGUCGAACCGACGCGAUCACAAGUCGUAGAUUUGCGCGGCCGAGUUAGUGGCUACUUGGUGAACGUUUUGUAGAGAAGCGUAGAUUCUCAUGUCUUUGUGUUAGUGGUUCAUUUGUUUAAUUAAGAGCGUUUAUUGUGUUCGCUCUCCGUGCCAUGACAACAGAGGCUAACAGUAACUAGCUGCUGCUAGUGUAAAUGUUAGCAUAGCAAGCGAUCAAGACACAUUUUAUCUAUUUGUUUAGCAUCUUUGAUACAAUCAGACUGACUAAUUUGUCAUUUUUGGAGUUUUAAGUGAUGUAAUGAAAAGAUGUGAAACCAAAAUGUUUACUUUUUGGGGGAGGUCUCGGAAGGUUAAACGGGCCUUAGACACGCGUUGCCUUAACGAGGGCAUCUCGUUUACGUUCAACGUCGUCGUUCGACAAACGCCGCAAAUUGUCUUCUUGUUGUUGUUGAGUGACCAAUCUGAUUGGCGAUUGAAAAGAAAGUGUUAACGUAUGCCGCAAUCAUUAAAGUUUGUGUGCGUCAACCCCGUCUUGUCUUCUUUUCCCACAUUUCAUCGAACCUCAAAUAACGUUGAAAUCAGAAUUCCACCAAUAUUUUCUUCCUAUCUGUCAUGCAUACUUGAGCCACCCGAAUCCUGGGCGUCAGGCGUCCGUGGCGCAGGCGCUUUACCAACAUUGCUCAGUCACGGUCCGCGCAACGAGUCAGGUCGUCGCGCCAAAAUAUUCCGCGCUCGACCGCCAGCUGUGUUUGAGGAACGUGGACGGGACUUGACGGCAAGGUGGCUACAGUCCUUCGGUGCGGGUUACCGCGGCUACAUCUGGCGACCCGACGGACGAGUCUGGCUUCGGCGGCUGCCUCGUCUGACAAGUUCGCCGCAGAGGCGAUUGACUGCCAUCAAGCCAGCCUCCGCUCGAAAAGUUACCUUCAAAGUAAAAGCCUGCCGGUAGCAGGCC